AUGACGCGCUCCUGGACUUCAACCCUCAAGCUCCCUCGCUCGACGUUUCCCGCACGAGCCCCCGUCGCAGACCAAACGAAGUAUUUGCGACGAUGUUCUGACGAGCUGUAUGCCUGGCAGCGCGAAAAUCGGCCUGCUAGCGACACUUUCGUAUUACACGAUGGCCCUCCGUAUGCGAAUGGCGAAUUACACGUCGGUCAUGCCUUGAACAAAAUCCUGAAGGAUAUUAUCAACCGUACACAAUUGAGUCGAGGGAAGCGGAUACAUUACGCCCCAGGAUGGGAUUGCCAUGGAUUGCCAAUUGAGCUGAAAGCACUUCAGGCUCAACAAAAAGAUGGAAAUGAUUUUAGCAAAGGACUAGGUUCCGCAGCGACGAUCCGCAAAGCUGCACGGAAACUCGCGGAGAAGACGGUCAAGGAACAAAUGCGUGGGUUUCAAGGAUGGGGUGUAAUGGCCGAUUGGGAAGGUCAUUACAAGACAUUGGACAAGAAGUUUGAGAUGAGCCAAUUGGGAAUAUUCAGAGAAAUGGUCGAGAAGGGUUUGAUUUAUCGACGGUUCAAGCCGGUUUACUGGUCGCCCUCGACAGGGACAGCGUUGGCCGAGGCUGAAUUGGAAUAUAAUGAGAAUCACAUUUCGACGACUGCAUUUGUCAGGUUUCCUUUGGUCAAGGUGCCGGAACAGAUCCGCAGUAAUCCAUUGGUUGAUACCGACUCGUUAAGUGCUGUUAUUUGGACUACCACGCCAUGGACACUACCCGCCAAUGCCGCGAUUGCCAUUAGCGAAUCGCUAAACUAUCUGAUCGUUAAAUCAAGCAAUCAUGGGCAGCUCCUCAUUGCGGAAUCGAGGCUAACCUAUUUCCAAGAUAUGCUAAAGGAGGAUCUUCAAGUCUUGGUUCCUUCUAUUCAGGGAUCUGAGCUAUGCCAGGAAACGACUUAUAGACCAUUAUUUCCUAGAGACGGAAUUGAAGAGCAACCCAUCGUCGCGGCAGAUUUUGUGACGGCAGAUUCCGGUUCCGGUUUAGUUCAUUGCGCCCCGGGCCACGGUAUGGAUGACUACGAAGUAUGUCUUGCGCAGGGAAUCCGGGCUUUUGCUCCCGUCAACGACGAAGGCCGUUUUACGGAUGAAGCUAUGCCGCAUAAGCCUUCUUUCCUAUCUGGUAAAAGUGUUUUAGACGAGGGAAAUACCCUGGUCCUGCAAUAUGUUGAAUCAACAAACCAGCUGCUUAAUCAACAUAAAUAUGAGCACAAGUAUCCUUACGACUGGCGGUCGAAAAAGCCUAUCAUCAUACGUGCUACUGAACAAUGGUUCGCCGACGUAGCAAAUAUACGCGAAUCGGCUUUGGCAUCGCUAGAGGAUGUGACAUUCGUUCCGGCAACGGGUAAACAAAGGUUGAAGAACUUUGUGCAGAACCGUACUGAGUGGUGUAUCUCACGCCAGCGGGCCUGGGGUGUCCCUAUACCGGCUUUGUAUGACAAGACCACGGGUCAAGCGGUACUCACUAAAGAAACGGUUUCUCAUAUCAUGAAUGUCAUUGACGAGCGUGGUAUUGAUGCCUGGUGGACAGACAGUCCGGAAGACCCCGCAUGGAUACCUCAUCAUCUUCAGCAGGAGAAUUCUCCCGGUUAUCGCCGUGGUACGGACACGAUGGAUGUCUGGUUUGACAGUGGAACCAGCUGGACCCAAGUAGAAGACAAAUCGCUCGGAAAGGAACGCCCUGCAGACAUCUACCUUGAAGGCACUGACCAGCAUCGCGGUUGGUUUCAAUCCAGUCUUCUUACUUAUGUCUCACAUCAAGUUGCUUCCGGAACGGUUGAAUCUUCUACUAUCAAAGCACCAUUCAAGCAUCUCAUCACCCACGGGUUUACUCUCGAUCAAGAUGCUCGCAAGAUGAGCAAAUCUAUUGGAAACGUCAUCCAACCAGACGCCAUCAUGAACGGUACGCUUCUUCCUCCGCUCAAGCAGAAGAAAUCGAAAAGCGCCAAAGAACAGAAAGCUUCCGGUCCAGUUUACGACGCCCUUGGACCUGACGCUCUUCGCUUAUGGGUUGCCAGCAGCGACUACACUCGAGACGUUGUCAUUGGACAACAGGUUUUGCAGACUGUCAAUACAAGUUUACAUAAAUUCCGUGUCACGUUCAAGCUUCUCCUAGGUGCUCUCGGCGACUUUGAUCCUAAAGUGAAUAUGCGUCAAUAUGAAGACCUUCAUAAAAUCGAUCGUCAGGCAUUGAUGCAAUUGACUCGGUUGGUGGAUACGUGCCGAAACGCGUUUGAUAAUUUCGAAUUCUACAAGGCCGUCAAUGCCUUGAACCGCUGGGCCAACCUAGAAUUCUCCGCUUUCUAUAUGGAAACCCUCAAAGACAGACUAUACACCGAGGCCGAAAACAGUGCCAGUCGGCGCGCAGCGCAGACGACCUUGUUCUAUAUCUACACUUAUUUACAGGAGGUGUUGGCUCCUAUCACGCCGUUACUUGUCGAAGAGUCUUGGGAGCAUACUCCGGAACUUGUCAAAGCCCAGCUUGAGCAUCCUUUGCAACGGAUUGCUCGCACAACACCUACCGAGUGGGUUGACGAAACAAUCAGUAUCGAUUUUAUUGAUCUUAUGGCAGCCAACACGGCUGUCAAAGUUAUUCAAGAAUCGGCUCGAUCAAAGAAACAAAUGGGGUCUUCUUUGCAAUCUUUUGUCCAUUUUGAAUUACCCGACAACGCGUCACAUGAUAUCUUCCAACGCUAUCUUAGUGAACUUCCGGACCUCUUCGUGGUAUCCUCGGUCUCUUUAGGUGUCAGGGGAUCGAAUUCUCUUCCCAGCGGAAUCGCCAGCGCUGAAUGGACCUACGCAGAGGAAUUUGAAUUACCAAAUUCUGGAAAGAAGGCGACAGUGCAUGUGUAUGCACCGAAUCAGGCCAAAUGUCCCCGUUGCUGGCGAUACGUUGCCCCCGAACCAGUGGUGGAGGAAGCUCCCCUGUGCAAGCGAUGCGACGACGUCAUCAGGACGUUGGACGGCAACUAG